GAAGGGGGCGUCAAGUCAACCGCACAUCAAAAGUGCACGGCCGAGGAAAAAAAUAAUGUAUGCUUUUGUUCGAUUCUUUGAAGAGGAUGUGUGUUGCGCGUUGCCGGUUUCCAGCAUCCCAAAUUUCAGCCCCGAGCACGGAGCCGAUUUCGAUCAUCGGAAGGUGUAUGUAGUUCGCAGGACUGAAGAGAAUGGCAGCGCAGGCCAGUCGUGCCAGGCUCACAUCCUUGCCCUUGCAGAUGCUGUAGAGGAGUUUGAAGACUUUAUAAUGCAAAAGAAGAUGAAAAUUCCCAAGAUGUCCAUCAAGAAUUCAGGAAAUUCAAUUGAGAACAGCUUUGGAGGGGAGAGAGUGCCUCUCAGGCAUAAAAAGGCCCUUUCUCAAGACCAUGGCCGCCCUAUUUCAAACUCCUCCAAAAGUUUGGCAGCAGUAGUGGCUCGCCUGGAAAGAAAUGCAGCCAGCUCCUGUAUGGAAGGCGAAGAGGAUCUGGAUGAGGAUCGACUCGCCGAGGAGGGAGAGGAUGCCGAUGACGAAGACGACGACAUGGAGGCAGAACAUUAUCAUCACCAACAGCAGCCGCAGCAGCAACAGCAACAUCUCGAGGUGGACACGGACGUGGCCGCGGCGGUGGUUCCCCGCGUCCUUUACGACGAGCUGGUGGUUAGCUACAGGCAACAGGAGGAUGAGAUGAGGAGGCUCCAACAGGAGCUGGAGCGAACGCGUCGGCAGCUUGUGCAGCAGACCAAGAAACUCAAGGAAUAUGGCAGCCUGCUGACUGAAGUCAAAGAGCUCAGGGACUUCAAUCGACGGCUGCAGGACGUGCUUCUCAUGAGGCUGGGCAGUGAGCCUAUGCAUGACAAUGGGACUCAGACAAUCAAGGCUGAGGUGGUUGAACCCAUUGUUGAGACCCAGGAAACUUACAGAGAAGAAGCAAACACCAGUUCCAGCUACUCCCCAUCCCCGAGAACAGUCUACACAUGCAACGAUGGCAAGGUUCACCUCGGUGGCGGUAUCUGGGUGGAGGAGGAGAAGUGGCACCAGUUGCAGCGCACCCAGGGCGACUCCAAGUUCACAAAGAACCUGGCUGUUAUGAUCUGGGGCACAGAAACCCUUAAAAACCGCAGCGUCACUGGAGUGGCGACCAAAAAGAAGAAAGACGCUCUUCCCAAACCUCCACUCUCACCAAGCAAGCUCAAAAUUGUCCGAGAGUGUCUGUAUGACCGAGUGUCCCAAGAGACGGCAGACAGUGCGGAGAUCACGCAAAGAUUGUCCAAAGUGAACAAAUACAUUUGUGAGAAGAUCAUGGACAUCAACAAGUCCAUCAAGAACGAGGAGAGGCGAGAGUCCAAGCUGCUCAUCAGACAGACAGUCAAAAUGGAGAACUUUACUUAUGACGGCAUGUAGAGAUCAAAAAGUGUUCUUCUCUUCCCCUCCUUCCCAUCGCACGCAGGUCAAAGGAAUUUGGAGGGGGCUUUCGGAUUGGGUGCGUUUGCUAUUCCUUCGACUCAUCGGAUUGGUCGAGGUGUGUUACACCAAAGGCCCCCUUUUGUUUUGUUUUUUAAUUGUUAACCGUAUGGCCCAGUGAGCCCAUAAAGUUACAGACAGCUUUACCCACCAGCCAGAUGGGAGUAAGAAUGAGCGUUUGUUUGUUCUUGUAAAUAAGCUUGACUUUAGGAUCCGUACGAAGAAAUGGUUCGCCUCGGUGUGUGUGUGUUAAAAGAAUGUGAAAUUUAUUUAUUGUUCUGUGUCAGAACAUCACUUUGAAUCCUUUCAGCUUUUAAAAAGUAAAAGAUGAGCGAUAAAAGACUUCAGUUGCUGUACAGUGGGAAGCUAGUGUCUAUUAGAACCGGUGAGAUAUUUUGUGCGACUUAAACUGCUGGAGAACCGAAUGACUGCUGUGGGCCCUGCAGUUGUAUUCAAUCGGGGAGUUGAUAAUGAAUUAGUCUUAAUUACUAACAGACAUCGCGUGUUGAUUGAAACAGAGAGGCUGUUGCUGCGAGAGAUUAUGGCUUGGCUUUUUAGGUCAAUCAUUACACAUCGCGAUCACCGCGUUUCAGUAGGAGUUGUACAAAAUGGAAUUUACUCGUUCGUUUACGUGGAAAUCAUGUGAAGCGUUUUUAUGAAGAAAAAAAUUACGUACACAAAUUCAAGGCUAAAUGUGCUGACUAAAAUGUGACGCUUCUUCCUUCGACUUUACAAGGCCAAGCACCAUCUGCUCAACAAAACAGACAGCGUUUUCAGUCACCUGAAUCCCUUCAUGUUCAAUCUUGGCUCCCCCCCCCCCGCCGAAAGGCGCGAUAUGGAUCGACGUGACCAAAUAGCGUCAGUGUUGAGUGAAAUGCCUGUUUUAUGUGUUAUUUCUCUCUAUCUGAAAAACAAACGAUUUUUUUUUGUCAUUGUUUUCAAUUGCCCAUCUCUCUUAGUGCGACAACUACUAAUGCACAACUUGUGUGUUUUGUUUGUGUGACCCUUGAAAACUGUUAGUAGCAGAUACUUGGACUGUUGAGGAAGUGGCGGAGGAGCAGAAAAGGGCCUUAAAUGGAUAUGGCAAUCACCUGGGCGCGUCAUGCCCUUGGCUUUUCGACUGAGCUGCGAUUGUCGUUGGUAGUCUUUAGACUUCACGUGCACUUUGAUGUGAGAAUGUAUGAGUUUGGUACUGUUCGGAGCAUCGAUGGACUUCUUCGGGAGGGGGGGCUUGCACCUCAGCUCUUGUGGAAGAAACUGGGUGGGUAAAGCUGUCUGGGACAUGUUUUGGCGAUUUAUUGUGAAGCCCACAACCACCCUGUUCUUAAGAAAUGCCAUUGGGGAGAAGUAAAUAUGGCCGCCCUAAGGACAUUCAAGUCAGACGUGUCCUUUGUUCAUUUUAUUGCGUGUUGUUGUUUUGUCCCGCGAUGUUUUCUACGGCUGUCGGCCCUCUGAAAGGAAAUCUCGGAGACUCAAAUCUCAAGUGUGACCCAACGGAGGCAAAACUGUGAAUCUGCUGCAGAGCUGCCUGUCGAGCCUUUGCUCCUCUUCACACGUCUACGUUUGUCAGUUUCUUCUUCUCACUCACCCUCUUUCUUUUUAAAACGGUAUUUCCAAAGUUGAGCUUAGCCGUUUGUUAAGCUACCUUAUAUCGUAGAGAGAUAGAGGGGCUUUGGUUUUUUUGGGGGGUCCAGGGGGAUGGGGGAAUCUUGCAGUUCAGUUGUAAAUGUUCUGGACAAUUAUUGAAUUGAUGUCGCCAUCAUGUAUGUCUAUCUUUUUUAUAUUCUUUAUGAACUCGUGUUGUUUUCCGUAUGACUUGUCGGGCUUUCAAGUGUGAUGUAGGGCCCUUCAAAAAGAACAAACAUCAUUCGAGCCAAAGUGAUCGGUGAUGCAAAGCUUGGGGGUAUUCUUAGAGAAGCAUUCAGCCUCAACCGUUACGUAAAUUUACAUGGAAUGCACUUUACACAUCAAUUUGUCAAUCUUAAAAAGCCUCUUUAGUAUAUGAGUAGCUAUUUCUUUCAUGUCUAAGUCCAAAAUUAAGGCCAAACAAUCAUUCUAAUAACAUGAUGCACCUUAAGAUGUUUAGUUUGUGAGUGGCAGGGUGUGUGAUUGACAUACCGGUCCUGAGCAGUAAGGUUAAUCAAUACACAAAAGAAUUGUCUCGUCAUUAAAAUGGCAGUAUGAGAGAAUUGUGGUCAUGUUAAGGUAUGAUGUCAUGUCUUUGUUUUUACAAAUAGUGGUCAAUAUGAGCCACACAAAUGGGAUGCUGGUUGACUGAUCAGCAUGGUUUGCACAUUUAAGGGGGGGGGAGGGGGGGGGUUAAAAGAACCUAUUCGAAAUCUAUUGUUUUGCUUCCAUUUGUAUUGGGUUUACCCUAUACAGAAAAAAAUCCUUCAGCUUUACAAGUGUUUGCAUUGAGAUGUAAGACUUUAUUUCCUCAAAUGAUGGCCAUGCCUCCAAUAAGCGCUGUGCCCGGAAAUAAUCACGGGGUGUGUCAUCCACCCUAGACAAGUAAAUGGCACCAUCUAAUAAAAUCCAAUUCGAAUCAGAACAUCGGUUCUGAUUUAAAAGAUGAGUGCAUCGGUACAUAAACUAGUAAAUCGGUCCUUAAAUAUAUCCUUUUAGAACAGAAAAGGUACAUAUGUUUUAGAAAUGGUACAAUGAAGUUUCUUGGGCGCAUGUGUAUAUAUGUAUGUAUAUGUUUAUAUAUAUAUAUGUAUAUAUAUAUAUAUAUAUAUAUAUAAUCAUAUACACACACACACUGUAUACAGACGCAUUAAAAACUUCAUUGUACCAGCUUGAGUAUAUACGUACCUUAUUAAAUCUAAUAAUAAUCCCACUGAGAUUAAUUAGUCCACUUUAAAGUGUGGUAUCGUAUGUUGUGAGAUACGAUUGAAAUCUCCUUUUGUUGGAGGGCUGCACAGCCCUCAUCAUUACGUAGUUCAUCAAAUACGGAGCCCUGUUAAAUCCUUUUUAUUUUUUUGCUAGCCAGAACGGCAGCAGUGAAACAGUCUCUCGGCUGAGUCUUACUGAGCUAUAAAUACUGUGCGUUCAACGUAAUCAUGCUAGCUUGCCAUUUAGCUAGCAGAUACAGGCUGACCCCCUUUUUGAGGGCACUUAUACACAGAUACCCACUGUGCAAAAACAACCUCACAAAUAUUCUAAUAAUGCUCUUAUGUAUCGUUUGUAUCCUUGUUUUUUUUUUGUUUGUUUGUUUGUUUUUUAAUGCCAAAAAUGGGUCGUGGUAAAGCCAAUGCUUUAAACCUUGUAACAUGUGUACUGCGGUACGGAAUGUGAAACCCACAUUCAGCUUCAUCAGCAUCUCAGUAACACGCGCCAACGGGAUGCGUAACCUGACCGAGCCGUUUGCUCACGGCUGUAUCCGAACGCCGCUUUCUUUCAUUGCUCUCACACUCAAGUAGCGCUGGAUGAAAGAAGUUAAACCUCACCAGCCGUGAUUCUUUCUGUCCCACCUCCGGUACUGGUCUUUCAAAAUGCACAUAGAUCAAGGUGACGCUUGCCAAGGUCCUGUUGGAAGUGCUUCUCCUACCGUUUUGACUGCUCUGUGUACAUAAGUCGUUCACGUGUGAGCCUCAGAGACGAUGCUGGGAGAAGCAUCUUGUUCGGUCUCUAUUUUUGAUUACAGUAUUAGUAACUUUGUAUACAAUCCACAAACUGGUUCUACUUCAUCCAACUUUCAGCGCCCUACCUCAUUGUUACUCUGGUGUUUGUUUGUCAGUAACUCUAAGCUCCAUGUGUAUAGUUAAAAGAAAAUCUAUCGGGGGGGAUAUUAUACCUGGUUACGCAACAUGUACAGAAUAUAUAAUUAUAUAUCUUCUUAAACACCUCGAUUCACGAUAUCAUUCUUUAAAAAAAUAAAAUAAAAUAAGAAAGGAUGUUUCUUGAGCUGCUUCAUGGAGGAUGCUGCUGUGCGUCGAGGGGCUGCGGCUGCGUUGUAAUCUGCUCUUGGCUACGUCGUGCAGUUGCCCCCGCCCGUGCUCGUUUUUUGUGUAUGUGUUGCGUUUGGAGAUUUUUACUGGUUGACGGUGCUACCAGCAAACCGUUCUCUACGGACCUCAAAUGGUGCUGUUUUUUCUAUGUUUUUAGCCCUCACAGAGGAGGGGGGAGGGGGGUGGGUGCGUUUUAUUCAGGCGAGCUGACCACACCGCUAGUCCCUCAACUCUUUGGUGAAAGCAAUUCAAGCCAAAACGCUUUGCAAGAUGCUUUUGCUGUUACCGUGUCGCUUACGUGCUAUCCGCCCAAAUGCCGUUCUCUACUUGGUUGUGAAUCUCACGAGUACCUCAGAACCUGUUGAUUAAAAAAAAAAAAAAAAAUGCAUCUGCUUUCAACACCCGUUUGCCGCCAACGUUUUUCGUGUGUUUGUGUAACGUUUAGGGAGAGUUUCGGACAUCUUAUUUUAAUCAUAAUGGCAGAACUUAGUUCACCGAAAACGGAUUCCACUAUCUGAGUUCCUGAAUCAAAAAGGAAAGGGAGAAGAAAGAAAAUGUAUGUUUACAUGGCAGUUUGGGGCUGUUUUGUGUUACUGUUUUAAUUGAUUCACGAACUUCUUUCAACUGUUUUCAGUGUAAGUGUAGCAGUUAAUACUACAGUUGUCAGACAGUGAUCCACACCGUACGUCAAUAUGCAUUCAAUGUUUUUUGGGAGAGUAUCUUGUGCAAAAUUUAUGUUCUGAUUGUUUUUGUUAUCCACUAAGGAUGGGCAUUGGCCUACAUUUCUUUGUUCAAUCAUGGGGAAAAUUGACCAGAAAUGACUGGUUGUUAUUUUGUCUGGGGUGGAGGAAUAUUUCCGAUUAAAGGAAAUUCUUAAUCAGUUCAUUGAUGAUGUUGCCCAUCCAUAGUUUGAGAAAAUAUCUCUCCAAUGUCAUCACUGUGUUUAGUCAUUUCCAUUUGCAGCACUUAAGCCAUCCACAGGACUUUUGGUAAAAAUCCAAUGUACAGUAUUUUUGAUUGUUUGGUCAACAUUGGGAUGCUAUUGUCAUGGCAACUCAAACUUUAACUUCCCGUAAUCACUGUCAUUGAUGAAUUGAAACCGUGCCAGCCUCUUUGAGUUGAAAUGCAUUGCCAUGCUCAAUUAGGGGAAGACAGGGUAAUUCAGGUGUUCCAGUCUGUUGGUACAAUAACGUGAAAGACACUCAUGAUUUCAGUCAACACUCUCUCAGCCUGCUUUGGCCUUCUGGAGACCACCACUCGAUACUAGGCAAUAGUGUGUAUGUGUAUGUCCUCGCUCAACCGGCCACACCUCUGCUAUGCUGACAAGAUGCUUAGCAUCCUCCUAUUGUGUCUCUUGCUGCAUUCAGGAACAUGUGUUUCAUGUAGAUAUAAUAAAGCAAAAUAAAUUCAGACUUGUAUUCUAUCAGCAUUAA